UCCGUCUCUAAAGGAAAGUACGCAAUUGGAUUUGUAUGUACCGUUGCCGCUUCGGCUGGGUACGGACUAAUGCUUUCACUAACACAACUCUGUUUCCAGAAAGUUCUCAAGAAGCAAACGUUCAAGACUGUCUUGGACAUGAUAAUCUACCAGUCAGUGGUUGCAACUCUCAUAAUCCUCGUGGGACUUUUUGCUAGCGGGGACUGGAAAGGUUUAGAUAGAGAAAUGAAAGCGUUUGAACUAGGCAAAGUUUCGUACGUGAUGGUUUUAGUUUGGACUGCUAUAACAUGGCAAGUUUUCUCGAUCGGUGCGGUGGGGUUGAUCUUCGAAGUCUCUGCACUAUUCUCAAACGUCAUCAGCACUCUAGGGCUACCCAUCGUCCCAGUCUUGGCAGUGAUAUUUUUCCACGAAACAAUGACUGGAAUUAAGGCGAUUGCCAUGGUAUUGGCUAUAUGGGGCUUUGUUUCCUACGUUUACCAGCACUAUCUCGAUGACCGCAGGUCUUAGACCGGAAAAGUUUAAUGUCAACAACAAAGUAGUUACACGGCAAGAGCUCAUGCAUUUAUACAUAGCUAGUUCCAACGACAGGAAAAUUUACAUUUUCAUAGAAUUUCCUGCUCAAAUACUCCUCUAUUAACUCAUGUAUAAUCAACUACAAAAGCUCUUUUCUGAGGUAUUAUAUGUUCUUUUCUUUUUCA